AUUGUUCAACUUCCCUUACCUGCAAAGACACAAAUACAUACCAGAGAGAGAGAGAGAGAGAGAGCACAAAGCAAAGCAUAGCGUGGCAGAGGAUAAAGAAAGGAACAGACUAGAACUGAAAGAAGAAAAAAAGAAAAACAGAGUACCACUCUGUUCUGAUUCUUUCUCUGUCUACACCUCUCUGUUCAUCCACCUACCCCAAAUCUUCUUCUUUUCAAAGGACCCCGAUUUCAUAUUUGCUUCUUUUUUUGACCCUUCACUCUGUUCCUCAGUUUCUUCAAUUUGGUUCAUAUUUUAUUUUCAUGGUUUUUACUUGCUGAGAGUGCCAACUUGGAAGAUUGGUUUGAAAAAUACAUAAAACAAUGACUUGGAAAAGCAGGGGAGAGUUGCUUCCUAGAAGCGUCAUGUCACAGAAAUGGGUGAUUUUCCUGUGUAUCGGAAGCUUCUGUGCUGGGAUGGUUUUCACCAACAGAAUGUGGAUUAUGCCUGAACCUAAAGGACUAGCACGGACAACAGCCAUGGAAGCUGAAAAAUUGAAUGUAGUUUCAGAGGGUUGUAAUUCGAGAAUUUUGCAAGAGAAGGAAGUGAAGCGUGACACUAAGGGCAUCUAUAGGGAAGUUUUCAAGUCACAAAAUGCUAUACAAACCUUGGACAAGACCAUUUCAAACUUGGAGAUGGAAUUGGCUGCUGCAAAGGCAGCUCAAGAGUCUAUAAGAAGUGGGGCUCCUGUGCCUGAAGAUAUCAAGAUGAAUGAAUCGUCUGGUAGGAGAAGGUACCUAAUGGUUGUAGGAAUUAAUACUGCUUUCAGCAGCAGAAAAAGAAGAGACUCAGUUCGUGAGACAUGGAUGCCACAAGGGGAGAAAAGAAAGAAGCUAGAGGAAGAGAAGGGCAUCAUUAUCCGCUUUGUAAUUGGUCAUAGUGCCACAUCUGGGGGUAUUCUAGACAGAGCUAUUGAAGCAGAAGAUAAGAAGCACGGAGAUUUCCUGAGACUGGAUCAUGUUGAAGGGUACCUUGAAUUGUCGGCAAAGACAAAGACCUACUUUGCCACUGCUGUUAACUUGUGGGUUGCUGACUUCUAUAUCAAAGUUGAUGACGAUGUUCAUGUAAAUAUAGCUACACUGGGACAAACUCUAGUUAGACACCGAUCAAAACGACGUGUAUACAUUGGGUGUAUGAAAUCUGGGCCUGUUCUGUCUCAAAAAGGGGUAAGGUACCAUGAACCAGAAUACUGGAAAUUUGGAGAGGCUGGAAACAAGUACUUUCGUCAUGCCACGGGACAGUUGUAUGCCAUUUCCAAAGAUCUAGCCACAUAUAUUUCAACAAACCAGCACGUUCUUCACAAGUAUGCUAAUGAAGAUGUCUCACUAGGGUCUUGGUUUAUCGGACUUGAUGUGGACCACAUAGAUGAUAGGAGACUAUGUUGUGGUACACCACCAGAUUGUGAAUGGAAAGCACAAGCAGGCAAUGUUUGUGUUGCUUCAUUUGACUGGACAUGCAGUGGAAUUUGUAGAUCUGCUGAGAGGAUCAAAGAGGUACACAAGAGAUGUGGAGAAGGUGAGAAAGCUUUGUGGAAUGCCUCUUUCUAAGUGGCAGCUUGGACUUCUUCCUAACUCAGGAGGAAAUAACCACAUCGAUGAAAUUAGGCUUCAAGUUUUUCUUUUUCUUUUUUUCCAUAAUUUUGAGAAGUAUAGAUAAGUUUAAUUUUACAUGAGCAAGGAAAGAGAAAGGAAGAAGAAGAAAAAAGAAAAAAGGACUUGUCCUGCUGGCCCUUCUUCCUUCUAAUGAAGGAGAUUGACCAUGGUGGCUCCCAGAAUUGGAAGCAUGGGAUAGUCCUUCCCACACAUUCUUUUAUGCUUGAAGGCCCAAUCUAUAUGUUAAUAGUUCCCUGCCUAUCAAGCUUCUAAUAAAUAUAGAUGUAGAUUUGGUUAGAUGUUAUUGCCUUUCCUUUCAUUUAAAUCUUAGUUUUCUGUUUGGCAAAGCCUAUAUUACUCUUAAGUCAUUUCUUCAUAUGGCACGGUAUAGAUUAUGUAAUGUAAUUCCAUAAGAGAAAAUAAUUCAUGAUAGCUUCAGCCUACAAAUUGUAGGUCACUGAACACAUUUUUUAAUUGUUCUAUUAAUUAAAUAUCUAAUGAACUCCAAAUGCAGUGAU